AUGGGAUUGGCUUUAUGGAUGAAGGGGAUCAUUCUUUUGGUGUGCCUAGAAGGCAUCUCUUCCAGCUCUGUGGUGAAUGUGACCAUGAAAGAAAUCAUGGAACAGCUUGGAAGUCUAAAGAACAAAACCAGACCGCUAACCUGCAAAUCAAGUAUGGUGUGGCAAGUCAACUUUAACAAGGCAAAGAUGCUCUAUAAUUCAAGUAUGACGAGGCAAGCCAACUUAAAAAAGAUUUGUGCAGCACUGGAAGUCCUGAAUAACAUCACCAACUGCCAGGAAAUUGAACCACUUAAGAGAAACAUGAGGUUUUUCCUAUACAACAACAACACUAGAAAUGAAACCUGCCUUGAGACUCAAGACACCAAGAUCCAGCUGAGCAGGUUCCUUGGUGACCUACAUACUUUUCUGCUUCGGCUUAAUAGAGACUGGUUAACCAAGUAG